AUGGACUAUAACCAAGUGGCCUGGGAAUAUCAUCAAGUGUUUGGGUUUAUCUCGUCAAAAGCAGUGCUUGUGGGCUGGGGCGAGUGCAACAAUCCUUACUUCUGUAACGACUUGAGCAGACAGAUUGUCCACCACGAUAAUGACCCAUCGCGACAGGGAUUCCGCAACCAUGCUUACCUUUCCUGGGGACCAGACUUCCAUCCUGAAAAGGAGACGGAUUUCCACGGUCAGAACCGCAAUCCCGAAAAGUGGAAUGGCGCUCCCGUCUUCAUUAUUGACGCAUGCGCAGGACCUCAUGUGGGCGAUGAGACGCGAGAUCAGUAUAAUAACACGCUGGAUAGCAACAGGGAUGAUCCGAAGAAAUACCCCGUCGACAUCUUCAAACAACUCGUGGCUAAAAAUAAGAGAUAUUCUAAGUGGACAUCAGGUGUCACGGGACUCCUUACAAGAGGCAAUGAUUGGUCACUGGGAGAAGUUCAGAAUGAGAUCUAUCCUGGUUCGCCAAUCGAGUGGUCGGCUUUGGAUCUACCUGCUGCCUCACAACAGUUAACCAUGGUGUUCGGUGGCAAAAUCAGUCAAGUCCAAGCCAACUUCACCAAGAUCAUAUCCAAAGUCAAGUUCGACAAACCAUAUGCACCGGAUGACCUAUUUUCGGCUCCAAUUCCCAACGAAAAGGAUCAAUUUGGUAACAUUAUCACCGAGGAGAAAGUCUAUGAAAAGAGUGACAUCUCGGUCUCUUAUUUCUCCUUGAUGAUUCACUUCACACCAAGUUACGAGAAAGCUAUUGAGCUGAUCAAGUAUCGAACUACCCAAUAUUCCAUCUCGGACACACAUCCUACCCUGAUGGAACAGAAGUCAACUUCAAACAUCAUUAUGAUUGGAGGAAAGUAUCUGAAACUUUUUGUGUUUGCGAACUUGGUUGUCGAGUUGUCCUGCUUGGAUGGUACCGCUUAUCUCCAGAGUAUUGCUGAUCAAGUUGCUGAGUACUUUGAGGCUUCUGAAGGCGACUUGGUGGCACCAGCACAAUGGGAAUCAUGCCUGAACUAG